AUGCCCCUCUGGAUCAUAUACCACUCCCCUUCCACCUUCGCCUCUCCGCAAACCAAACAAGCCCUCGCCGCCUCAAUCACAGCAAUCUACCUCGCAGCAGGCCUCCCCGCAUUCUACGUAAACGUACUUUUCCAACCUGUUGAGCCGACCUCGUUUUACGUGGGCGGUGUUGCGAGACCAGCGAUGGGUGUCGAGGAUGCGGAUGCGGAUGGGGAGAAGGAGAGUCGAGAGAGGCCGUUUGUUCGGAUUACUAUCCAGCAUUUGGCUAGGCAGUUGUAUGUUUCUGUUCCCAACUUUGUCUUUUCUUGGUGUACACUGCGACUGUAUGCUGUGGUCUGCUGA